AUGCUUUCCGAGGAAGACACGGAUGCCAACCUCGAUGAGGGGGCGAUAGAAUGGUCGUUCUAUCCAAAAUCCCCAUCAAUCUCGAACAACCUCACGUUCGGUAUCCACCCUCCAGAGCUCUUGCUCGAAGAAAUCGAUCUUUUCGACGCUGUUUUUAAGUUUGACCGCUGGCUGGAUGUUGAAGGAUGGCUAGGCGGAAAUUCGGAGGCGCACAUGGGCGACCUACCUCCGGAAGCAACCCCGAUGUACUCGUUCCCAUUGCGAUACGCAACACCAUUGGAAUCUUGGAGCAUUCAUUCGCCACACUCUUCAACAGACGUAGUGACAGGUUUCUUCGGGGACAUAUAUCGCUCGUUGAAUAGUCUGCGCUCGAUACGCACCAAAUCCGAAGCACUGCUGAUGACGAUAAAAUUGGGGGUUCACGAGGCAAUGAAAAAUCCCAGCUACUAUUAUUAUUCUAAUUACACAACCAUGGACGUGAUCGUUGAAGAUAUUUCGCAAAGGGAGAGUUUAACAUCGGUAAACUUUCUCCCUUUCGGUUAUUCAUAUGGUUUGCUAAUGUUUUAUUUCGCAGUACAAUCGUAUACUUCGCCUAGAGUGUCAGGCCAUAAUUUGGAUAUCUGCAUCAUUUCUAUUAUGCCUCACGGCGCAACUCUUACCAAUGACACCACAACCUAUUCCAAAGAGAGGUGCAGAAAAGAUGCCUUUACCUCAAGGCAAAGUGGUAACAUUAGCAGUGAAGACUUGGCGAGUGGGCCGUCUUCCUCUCAAAAAGUUGCCAUAUUCUCCAAAGCACAUCAUCUACUAUUUGCUAAUUGCAGUUUUGUCGCUGCUCCCGGAGGUACCGUAUAUUCUUCACCACCUUCAAGUUCAACGUUUCAUAGCGAUAUGGCCGCAAAUGUUGAGCCUACUACCACGAUGGAUCAAUCAUCGUCAAAUCCUGAACCGAAACCAGAGCCCAAACAAGACACACAUACCCAGAAUCUUUCCAGUUACAGCAAACUCGAUCUUGUUCGAAUGUUGAUUGAGAGUGAAAAAAGAAGGAAGAGAUGCGCCAUGCAGGAAUUACUGCGCAUCAGCCAGAAUAUACAAGAAGUAGAUGACAAUAUCGCGCUAUAUAGCAAGAUGGAGGCGGAUCUUCUGCAGAAUGAAUAA